CCACCCGCCAAUUAACGGAAAGAAGAAGAAACAGCAAUAGUAGCGAGAGGCUAACAAAUGGAAGUACUACUAUACCGGCUGGAAAUCCUGAUAUUUAGUCAUUAAAUAGUUGUCUAUUCAUGGCGUACCGCCUCCAGGAAGCAGAUAAAUACCCAAUAUAGUAAACUAGAGGGGGGAAUGUCAAAGAAUAGCUUUAUCGAAGCUAUCUGAUGUGAGGUUUCUGCUAGCUCCCUGCAGCCAUGAACGAAGAAGACAGCUCAUCCACUCCAAGUAAAGACAAAGACUCGACUCUUCUCCUCACUAAAGACGGACAAAGGUAUUACGUGAGCAAGAGCGGCGUCGUGGACAGCAGAAAUGUGACGACGCCGCAGGAGCCGGAGAACAACGUCUCAUCCUACGACAUGGACGAUCCGGACGAGGAGGGCGACCUCCUGGACACGUCGGACCCCAGAGACAGCGCCGCCAGCCCGGAGGAGCUCAACGACGAGGAGACCUCGGAGGGCGACAACGCCCCCAAACAGUGCACGUACGAGGGAUGCACGGAGACCACGACGCAGGUGGCCAAGCAGAGGAAGCCGUGGAUGUGCAAGAAGCACCGGAACAAGAUGUACAAAGACAAGUACAAGAAGAAGAAGAGCGAUCAGGCCAUGUCCAGCGGAAAACUUGACGAAAACUCUGAGGAGCGACCUGUGUCUGUGAACAAACAGCGUCUCGGUGCCAUGGGAGACCGUCCACCCAGACCUUCUCUGAUAGAGCAGGUCCUCAACCAGAAAAGACUGUCUCUGCUCAGGAGUCCGGAGGUGAUCAGCUUCCUGCAGCAGCAGCAGCAGCUCCUGGCCACACAGAGCCGCAGCCAAUCACAGCAGCAGUUCCCGGGCUGCUGACGCUGGCCAGCUCAGUGUCUGACAUUAGUAUUUGUUUUUUUUGAGCACUGAAGACAUACACUAGCAGCUGGAAAGAAUAAUACGUUAAUGAUGGGAUUUGGUGUUUUUUUUUUUGUUUGUUUUUUGUUUGUUUUUUAAAACUGUGACAGUGGCAUAAACCCCUCAAAAAGACACCGGCCGUGUAAUAAAACCAUGUCUAAUGCUGUUUAGGAAACCUUUUUUUUUUUAAAUACAUUUCUUUUAUCGUGAGUGUACUGUUUAGUGGCAUUGUCAGGACAUAAUGUCUGUUUUGUCUUUAUUCGUCUGGAAGUAACACUGUUUUACUAUCACUGUCUUGUCAAACUUUUUGUCAGCAGAGUCCGUUUGAGUCUCGAAUAUGCGACAUUUUUCUCGUUUCUUUCAAUCAAUCAUAAAUCUUCAGUUUUUUAUUUUUUUCACUCGAACUUUAAGUGUUGUUACAUGUGACAGUCGGUUAUGAAAUGCAUGUCUUUUCAUCCAGAUGGAGCCUAUAGGACUUCUUUUUAUAACGUAAGGCUUUAUACCUCCCUGUGUUGUAUAUCUUAUGCACAAACAAUAAAUUAUUAUUAUUAAAUGCAAAAAAAGCAACACAACUCAAUUCACUAUUCAUGUCAUGUUAGCUGUGUUGGCUUUGUGUAGUCAAUGAGCAGAUUGUACCACAUGUCGGUAACGUGUGGUGAGCUGAGAGAAGAGACUGCAUGAUGUCCCCGUGUUUAAUUAGUAGCGUGUGUCCUUUGCUGUGAACAUGAGAUUAAAAAAGUGAUGCUAACAUUGA